AUGCUCACUUUUUACUAUGAUUUCAUAGCUCCGGAAGGGAUUAUCCAACCUGCUUUCGCACCCCUAGGUCUUCAGAAAAACCUGAACAAAAGACUCGUGUCUGUCGCUGUCAUUUUACGGCAAAAGCAACGUUUUUUUUGACGUAGUUGACUUGAGUCGUAGAGAGUAGUUGACUUGAGUAGUACAGAGUAGACUUGAGUCGUAGAGAGUAGUUGACUUGAGUAGUACAGAGUAGUUGACUUGAGUCGUAGAGAGCAGUAGACUUGAGUCGUAGAGAGUAGUAGACUAGCUUGUUACCAGCUCUUCAUCUCCAGUAAAAAUAAGGACAACUAUGUUACCGCCAGGGUUCCGACUUCAUGAACAAUAGGGUUCGUCCAUCUGCUAUUUUAGAUGGAUCCAUCCUGUGUCUUAUCUUAUCCGAAUGAAUGCUAUCCUAUCCUGUCCUGUGUCUUAUCUUUUCCAAUCCUGUCCUAUGUUAUGACGUGACGUAGUACUAUUGACAUAUUGAUAUGCUCUCCUAGUUACAGAGUGUCCUAUCCUAGGAUCACUGUGACGUGUUAUCCUAUGACUCUAGGCCAGUCAAGACGUGUCAUCCUAUGACUAUCCUAUCCCCCGAUGACGUUUUCUUUUUCUAUCUUUCUCAGGUCUUUAUUUAUUUUCUAGUGAGGUCGUCCGUCUGCUCCUCCACGACUGUCGCGGCCCUGGUCCUUCUAGGUGAGGCCUUCUCCUUUUAUAGUCCUUCUCCUUUUAGAGUUAGGUCCUUCUAGCCUUGUUCCUCCUGGUCUUCCCCUUCUAGGCAACUAUCCUAUCCUGCGUGGAUGUACUCGAAAACUGAAAACAGGCGAGUUACUGACUGAAAUAAAAGAGUGCUGAACAGCACUACACUCCAUCCUGUUCAUUUAUUACGCCGAACAAAGUGUUGGCUCGCCAGGACUACCAUUCGACAACGAAGAAGCUGUACGAGAAAGUGAAGGGUCACAUCAAAGCCCAAAAUACCUUAAGGCCCUUUCUCUGAGGUUCAGCUAGAAGUAUCGGUGAUGUAAAUGAACUGUCUACGAUAAUUCUCCUCAAUGCCGUGCACUGUGCGCGUGAGCCUAUUAAAAACUAUAAAGUGGCUGCGGCGGGGAACCCAGAGUCAUGAAUCAUGGCUGGGUAAGUUUUGUCAUCUUCCGUAGAACUGGAAGUAGUUGCACAUGAGUCAAUCAGAGUGAGCCAAUCUUCAGUGAGUAAGUCAGUCAGCGAGUGAGUCAGUCCUCCGUCAACUAAGAACACUGGCGUAGUCAGGUGUACAUCGCUGCAUUGGGGUAGAAGGCGAAUGAUUGUCCACUCUGUAGAGCUGGAAAACGAGAGCAACAUCAACAAGCUUCGUACGAUUUGCCAGCAUCCUCUAAGAACACGCAACAAUAAGAUGGCCCUGCCGGACGUAGGGCGACAUGGAAGUAGAUUGGAAAAGAAUGCCCUUCGUGCACACGAUGAGGAGUGGAUGGAGCACCGGUUGUAUUUUAUGGAUGCGUCGCAAUAAGCGCGCAGGAGUAGCUUAUUUUUGGGAGCUUGUAUGUGUAUUUUUGGGAUCCGGCGCUUGAGGCGUAGGGCUGAGGCUAAUCUAGUCCCAUCUAAUCUCAUCUUAUCCCAUCUGAUGCCAUCUAAUCCCAUCUAAUCCCAUCUAAUCUCAUCUAAUCUCGUCUAAUCAAAUCUAAUCAAAUCUCAUCUAAUCUCAUCUAAUCUCAUCUAAUCUCAUCUAAUCUCAUCUAAUCUCAUCUAAUCUCAUCUAAUCUCCUCUAAUCUCAUCUAAUCCCAUCUAAUCUCAUCUAAUCCCAUCUAGUCUCAUCUAAUCUCAUCUAAUCUCAUCUAAUCUCAUCUAAUCUCAUCUAAUCUCAUCUAAUCUCAUCUAAUCUCAUCUAAUCUCAUCUAUAAUCUCAUCUAAUCUCAUCUCUAAUAUCAUCUAUAAUCUCAUCUAAUCUCAUCUAUAAUCUCACCUAAUCUCAUCUAAUCUCAUCCAAUCCCAUCUAGUCUCAUCUAAUCCCAUCUAAUCUCAUCUAAUCUCAUCUAAUCCCGUCUAAUCUCAUCUAAUCUCAUCUUUUCUCGUCUAAUCUCAUCUAAUCUCAUCUUUUCUCGCCUAAUCUCAUCUAAUCUCAUCUAUAAUCUCAUCUAAUCUCAUAUAAUCUCAUAUAAUCUCAUCUAAUCUCGUCUAAUCCCGUCUAAUCUCAUCUAAUCUCAUCUAAUCUCAUCUAAUCUCAUCUAAUCUCAUCUAAUCUCAUCUUUUCUCGUCUAAUCUCAUCUUUUCUCGUCUAAUCUCAUCUAAUCCCAUCUAAUUCCAUCUAAUCUCGUCUAAUCCCAUCUAAUCCCAUCUAAUCUCAUCUAAUCCCAUCGAAUCUCAUCUAAUCUAAUCUAAUCUAAUUAAGGAACUUUUGGGAUGGUACUAUGAUUAAGAAACCCUUAAUAUUUCACUUGUUGUUCUCUCGCUAAGGAAGUAGAAGGCGACGACGCCGCGCCGCUGUGGAGUACGAGAUAUGCUAUCACACAUCUGACGCCAUACGAG